AAUGUGCCUGCUGCGUGCUGGGCGCCGAGGGGUUCACCUCGGGGAGGCAUUACUGGGAGGUGGAUGUUGGGGAUCUGCGUCCGUGGGCUGUGGGGGUGGCCAUAGAGUCAGUGAAAAGGAAGGGAACUCUCAUGCGUAAGCCGGAGGAGGGGAUCUGGUGUCGUGAGUGCAGGUGGUCUUUGAGGGACGCAGACGGCUCUUCUGAUGUGCCCCCAAAUGAGUGUGGGAGGUCUGGGAAGAUCGGGGUUUGUCUGGAUUAUGAAGAGGGGUGGGUUGGAUUUUAUGAAGGUGACCAUAUGACUGUGAUGUUGGCCUCCUUCAACGAGGAAGUCGUUUUCCCUUUCUUUUAUGUGGGCAUGGGGGUUAGCCUAACAAUCUUGCCCUGAAGCACGCUGGGGCUUGUCCUCCCACCCCAGGAAAGGCAUCCCUCUAGCCAUUUUCUGCACAGCCUGCCCUAGCCUCUGUGGCCUUGUCUAGACACAAGCUUUGCACCAACACCUGAUUUAAUUUGAACCGGAGCACACACCUGUGUGGAUGCUCUUAAUUGGGCUCCAAAAUGGUGUGGCUCAAUUUUUUCUAUAUUAGAUGAAGGAUCGAGGCUGCAGCGAUCGAUCCACUGGUGGUUGACUUAUUGCGUCUGCUUAGACAUGAUAAAUUAACCUCCGAGUGCUCUCCCGAUGAUUCUGGCACUCCACCAGGGUGAGAAGAGUAGCUGGAGUAGACAGGUGACAGCCCCCACCGAUCUUACUGUGUGGAAGACACCGCGAUCCAAACGUAAGUUUUUUAUCCCCAGAGAGGGGAGUUGGUUGGGGAUAAUGUCCCCUCUAAUGUUUUCCAUCCAUGUGCAGAAUAAAUUUUGUUAUGUGCACCAAAGCAUGUGCCUAUGUGCACUACCAUAAGAAACUCCAAACCCAGCUGUAUGCGCUCUGCUGAUCAGCUGAGCAGUUGGAAGGUAAAAUCCUGAUUAAUCUGUUGGCCAGUUAAACAUUUGGUUCACCUAGCGUUUGACUGGUUAAUCGACCAAGCAGGAUCCUGGGCGGGGGAGUUGCCCCAUGGCACUGGUUAAUCAUCACCCGGGAAGCAUCAUCCGUCCACAUCCCUUCUGAGCAGCCACACAAGUGCACAGAUUCCAGGCAGCCCUGGUUGAAACCCCGUUACAGAUGCUCCAGCAGGCCUGAGAUACAGAUGUUAGCAUAUAGUCGUUUAAACUAUUAAACGAUACACCUCGUUUUAUCGGUUAAGCCAAAUGACUACAUGCAACACUCCCCUCCCCCUUGUUGCCUCUGUAUCAGAGGCAGCCAGGGUGGGAGGUGGGAGCCGGUGUCCAUGGGGAGCCGGCUUUAAAGCUGGCUCAACACAAGCACUGGAUUCUGAGGAGCCGCCUGCCCCACCUGUCCUGCACUGCUGCCUCUGAUAGUGAGGCAGCAGCAUGGAGGGGGAGGGGGCUGGCAGGAGCUGGGACACAUGGGAAAUCAGCUUUGAAACAGCCCUCCACACGUGCCAGUUCUGCGGGGCCACCUGCC